AUGGGCUCCUCGCGGGCACCCCAGAUGGGGCGUGUGGGAGGGCAAGGAAUGAUGGCAUUGCUGCUGGCUGGUCUCCUCCUGCCAGGGACCUUGGCUAAGAGCAUCGGGACCUUCUCAGACCCCUGCAAGGACGUGCGUAUCACCUCCCCCAAUGACCCCUGUCUCAUUGGGAAGAGUGGUUCCAGUAGCUUCAGUGGCCACAGUGGCUCCAGCAGCUCCAGCAGUUCCAUUUCCGGUUCCAGUGGCUCCAGUGGCAGCUCUGGUGGUGGCCCCAGUGGUUCUGGUGUCUCCAGUGGUGGCUCCAGCGGAUCCAGUGUCGCCCAGGGUGGUUCUUCAGGAUCUUCGUUAUUUAAGCCAGGAACAGGGUAUUCCCAGAUCAGCUACUCCUCAGAAUCCAGCUCCUCCCAGUUGGGAAGCAGCUCCUCCCAAUCAGGAAGCAGCAGCAGCUCCUCCCAGUCGGGACGCGGCAGUUCCCAGCCAGGGUCUGGCUCAGCUCUACCAAUCAGUGGUGAUUCUUCCCGCUUACUAAUAAGCUCUUCCCAGUCUGGAGAAGGCUCAAGCUCAUCUGUUUCCCAAACUUCCUGGAUAUCCAGCAGCGGUGGCCAAAGAGUCAACUCUAACUUACGCCCUUGUAGUUCAGAUGUCUCCGACUCUCCCUGCAGUGGGGGGCCCAUCGUCUCACACUCAGGCUCCUACAUCUCCAGCUCCCACUCCGUGUCAGGGGGUCAAAGGCCAGUGGUGGUGGUGGUGGAGCAGCAUGGCUCUGGUGGCCCUGGAUUGGCUCAAGGUUCCCCCUGUAGCAGUGGUGGCCUUCCAGGCAAGCCCUGCCCCCCUAUCACCUCUGUAGACAAAUCCUAUGGCAGCUAUGAGGUGGUGGGUGGCUCCUCUGACAGUUAUCUGGUCCCAGGCAUGACGUACAGUGGGGGCAAAAUCUACCCUGUGGGCUACUUCACCAAAGAUAAUCCUGUCAAAGGCUCUCCAGGGGUCCCCUCCUUUGCAGCUGGGCCCCCCAUCUCUGAGGGCAAAUACUUCUCCAGCAAUCCCAUCAUCUCCAGCCACAGCUCUUCUAGUUCCAACAUCUACCCAUCAGGAGCUUCCUCGGCUAUUGUGUUCCAGCCAGUGGGCUCUGGUGGGGUUCAGCCUUGUGGUGUUGGCUCUAAGGGGCCCUGCUCCCUCUCCAGUUCUGGAGUCCACAGCAGUUCUAGCGUUUCCAGCAGUUCAUCCUUCCAUCCCUGUGGCAGUGUUUCACAGGGGCCCUGCUCCCCACCAGGCACUGGCUCCUUUAGUGGCAGCUCCAGCUCCCAAUCCAGUGGAAAAAUCAUCCUUCAGCCCUGCGGCAGCAAGUCCAGCUCUUCUGGUCACCCUUGCAUUUCUGUCUCCUCCUCAACAUUGAGUGGGGGUCCCGAUGGUUCUCCCCAACCUGAUCCUUCAGCUGGUGCCAAGCCCUGUGGCUCCGGCAGCUCUGGAAAGAUCCCCUGCCGAUCCAUCCGGGACAUCCUGGCCCAAGUGAAGCCUUUGGGACCCCAGCUAGCUGACCCUGAAGUUUUCUUACCCCAAGGAGAGGUACUUGACAGUCCAUAA